AAAGAUAAACCAUGAAUCCUAGAAAUGUCGAGUAUAAACCCUAACCCAACCCUAUUUUACUCUUCUCUCUGUUUUUGGUUCUUCACUUUCUCUCAACGCCGUCGACUCUUCAACCAUGGCCAAGAGAACCAAGAAGGUUGGUAUUGUCGGGAAAUACGGUACCCGGUAUGGUGCCAGUCUGCGUAAGCAGAUUAAGAAGAUGGAAGUCAGUCAACACAGCAAGUACUUUUGCGAGUUCUGCGGAAAGUACGCCGUGAAGAGACAGGCUGUUGGUAUCUGGGGAUGCAAGGACUGCGGGAAGGUCAAGGCUGGUGGUGCUUACACUUUGAACACCGCCAGUGCAGUGACCGUGAGAAGUACAAUCAGGAGGCUCAGGGAGCAGACUGAGAGUUAGAUCUUUCACUAGUUGCUUAUCAUUUGAAAACAAUUAGAAAAUUGGGUGUUUGUUUGAAAAUACUUCAAUUUUCUGAGUUUUGGAUAUUACAUUUUGUACUAGAAUUCGUAAUUUGUUAAGGAUUCGUUUUAAGAAUUAGAUCAAUGCUUCUCCUUUUAUUUUGUUAUUGUGAGGGAUCCUGAUAUCAGUAGAUAUUUGAGGUUCAACAAUAUGAAAGCGAUUGUUCUUGA